AUGCGGGACCCGCGGGGCGCCAAGCCGCCCCUGGACCCGGUACGCCUUGUGCUGCACGUGCCUGUUGCUGCCCGUGCCUGUGCUGCCCGUGCCUGUGCUGCCCGUGCCUGUGCUGCCCGUGCCUGUGCUGCCCGUGCCUGUUGCUGCCCGUGCCUGUGCUGCCCGUGCCUGUGCUGCCCGUGCCUGUUGCUGCCCGUGCCUGUGCUGCCCGUGCCUGUUGCUGCCCGUGCCUGUGCUGCCCGUGCCUGUGCUGCCCGUGCCUGUGCUGCCCGUGCCUGUGCUGCCCGUGCCUGUGCUGCCCGUGCCUGUGCUGCCCGUGCCUGUGCUGCCCGUGCCUGUGCUGCCCGUGCCUGUGCUGCCUGCCUGUUGCUGCCCGUGCCUGUGCUGCCCGUGCCUGUGCUGCCCGUGCCUGUGCUGCCCGUGCCUGUGCUGCCUGUGCCUGUUGCUGCCCGUGCCUGUGCUGCCCGUGCCUGUGCUGCCCGUGCCUGUGCUGCCCGUGCCUGUUGCUGCCCGUGCCUGUGCUGCCCGUGCCUGUGCUGCCCGUGCCUGUGCUGCCCGUGCCUGUUGCUGCCCGUGCCUGUGCUGCCCGUGCCUGUGCUGCCCGUGCCUGUGCUGCCUGUGCCUGUUGCUGCCCGUGCCUGUGCUGCCCGUGCCUGUGCUGCCCGUGCCUGUUGCUGCCCGUGCCUGUGCUGCCCGUGCCUGUUGCUGCCCGUGCCUGUGCUGCCCGUGCCUGUGCUGCCCGUGCCUGUGCUGCCCGUGCCCGUGCUGCCCGUGCUUGUGGGAGGAGUGAGGCGGAAGGUGAGUGAUUCGGCAGCAGCAGCUGCGUGGAAGUUUGACCGUGCUGCAGGCAUGCCAGCAUGCGUGGGGGAGGACGUUCAAAGGGUGGCAGGUGGGAGCAUGUGUGCGCCGUAUGGGCCGCUCCGCAUGCUCAGUCAGAAGAUCAAGCGCCAUAUUGAGCGCCCACAGCGUGCGAUGAGCCACCCGAUACUGCACGGCACCCUGCUUGCCCUUCUCCUCCGCUAUGGCUUCAAUUUCCAAACUGGCCCGUCAGACCUGCCUGCCUCCAUUGCUGUCCUUGCCUGCUUUCUGAGCCUCCUCCCUCCCGUCCUCCUCCCUCUCACACCCAGCAGACAGUAUCUCCUGCCCACUGGUGCGGCGGACAGUGUGUUGGUGGGCAUGUGGCACGACCUGGCGGAGGCGUUGAAGAAGGAAGAUCAGCUGAGGCGAGGCAAGGAGGCAGCAGAGGCGGCAAGUGACGCCAAGAUCCCGCGCAGCCGCAUGCAUG